AUGCGAUUAGUACUCUCCUUGCACUUUAACAAUUUGACGGAAAUCAAGAACUACUACCUGGAGAGACAUCCUGAUGCCAAAAGAUGGUUACUAGGCGAUGACGAAGGGGCGCAUCUCUCUUAUUGGGCGAGGUUUGAUCCUGAAAGUGUUUAUUUUGUUGGUGGCUUUGGAGGGCGCCAUUAUACCGGUUUCAUACCUAUGGAUCUCUAUCAGAACGCAAUUCCCUUGGAUGACUUGGCCGAUUCGUAUCCGUACGAAUACGUGCUUCAGAAACAGGAUGGUAGUGCAGGCGAGGGCAAAGGACCAGCCUUGUCUUACAACUAA